UUGUCCACAAAAUACAGAUAAUGAUUUAAUCGCGAAUAAAUUGGAGUUAAAAUCUUUAAUUUUUCGCAUAUGGAAUUCGUACGAUGUUUCGGCUAGUGAUUCGAACAACACAACAACCAGAAUUGCAUAGGGACUUUCGGACGGCAUUUUCCCGCGGUCGCGCUUCGGCCGUUCCCGCGCAAACCAGCGCCCGCUCGUCACGAUCGCCGCCAAAAUAUCCGACAUUCGACGUGCAUGCGCGCUGUGGACCGUUGUGGUUGCGCGGGCCGCGGCUUCAUUCGGCUUUCAGCGCUCGGUGUCGACGUAUCAGCGUGAUCGGCUUCAUCUUUCUAUCUUGUUCGCCCCCCCUCUGUCCCUCCCUCGCACACAGGAAAAGCAAACGCGCCUGACUCCAACGAGACAUGUCCGGACGCGGCAAAGGCGGUAAGACUAAGGGGAAGGCGAAGACCCGUAGCAGCAGGGCUGGGCUGCAGUUUCCCGUGGGGAGGAUCCACCGUCUCCUCAGGAAAGGCAAUUAUGCGGAACGCGUUGGUGCCGGCGCGCCGGUCUACCUCGCCGCCGUGAUGGAAUAUUUGGCGGCUGAAGUACUCGAGUUGGCUGGAAACGCCGCAAGGGACAACAAAAAGACUAGGAUAAUUCCGCGUCACUUACAAUUGGCUAUUCGUAAUGACGAGGAACUGAAUAAAUUAUUGUCUGGAGUGACCAUCGCCCAAGGUGGAGUCUUGCCUAAUAUCCAAGCAGUUCUGCUGCCAAAGAAGACUGGUACUGGUGGUUCCGGAAAAGGCGACAAAGCGUCACAGGAAUAUUAGAUUAUUGCACGUUUAUAUAACUUUUACCGUACUUUAGAGAUAUGCCUUUGUUUUGUGAAAAAAUCGGAGGAAAAAAACAAAUGUCCUUACAAAAUCUGUGUGACAAGGCUGAAUUUACAUGAUUUCGGAGAUAAAAGUGCGGAUAUUAAUAACAGAUGUUAUAUUGUCAUUCUAGUUUUCUUGUUACUUCACAAAUCCAAAUUUGCAAGCAUUUUUUUUUUCUUUUUCUUUUGAUGUACAAUCACAAUUGCAAGUAAAUGUCGUUUGUACAGAGACUCAUAGAGUUGCAUGACCACCACUUCGAUAUUGCCGUAAAAGUGUAAUUGUCAUCACCAUGAAAUAUACUUGAUACUCUUGAUUGGAGAUAAUGUUGAGCAAUAAUCUCCUAAAUUUGUUUUAAUUCAAGAUAACGCUGUUAAUGAGUAAUUCCUUUUUGGUGUAUUUAUCAUACGAUUAUUUUAUUUAAAUGCUAUUGUUACAAUUAUAUAUAUUCUUGCCUGUAACACAUUUCUUUCCUAAUUUCUUUGUCUUCUUCAGUGUCUCGUUCAUUCCGAUUACUGUGUUCUGUUACAUUAUCAAUGAAAAUUUAAAAAUGUAUUACGAAAGCGCUUAAAUGUUUUUGUUGAAUGUAAACAAUAUUUAAUGCAAAAAUAAAUAGAUUGCGUCCCUACUAGAAAUUCA